AUGGCAUUCGAUAGGGUAGGUCGAAUACGAUUCGGAAGUGAUUUAAAUGCCGAGGAUAUGGGUGCCGAAUAUGGAUUAGACUUAAAUUCCGCAUAUCAAAUCAACAACCAACUGCCCAAAGCACCUACUAAAUGCCGUAUCGUAUCGACAUUCCACACACUGCACCACCGCAGUUACAGUGCACAUGCACUCGUCGUACACUUCUUUGAAUUUUCAUUCGUUCGGCGCCUCCGCACUCCGGAGUGUGGCUCCGGACUCCGGAGCUUCCUAGAGCCGACUGACUUUUUUUAA